UCCAUCCGGGUCCUUGUCCUGCUCUAGCUGUGAUUUCGGAGGAAGACAAGGCAAGGGAGGAAGGGAUGAGGAGGCCCUCCUUCUUUCCUUCCUUCCGUCCGCGUGGUGACGUCACGGCGUGAGGUCACGGGGCCCUGGCGGUGACGAGAGGGAGGAGGAGGAGGAAGAUGCGGCGGUGACGCGGCCUGGCCUGGCCUGGCGCGGGACCGUCCCGGGGGUUGCUAUGGCGACGCGGCCUACCCACGGGCCAGGGCCUCUCCGCGCGGCCUGGAGCUUUCAGAAGGCGCAAUCCCAGUGAGCAGAAGAAGGAGAUCGCAACACACAUCAGACAAAUCCCUUUAGCCUUCCAGCUGCUGAGGCGAACCAUGAUUUGCCCACCCUGGAGAAUUGCCCCGGGAAAUGCCUGCAGGAGGGGUUGCCCAGGUGACCUUUGAGCCUCCCCUGGUCUGCGUCCUCCUGAAGGCGGAGGAGGAGCUCACGGAGAACCCGCACGGCACACCUGGAGGUGGGGAUGGAGAACUACGAGCUGGUCACUUCUCUGGGCUACCCGGUUCUCAAACCUGACCUCCUGUCUCGGAUUGAGCGCGCAGGAGAGCAGUGCAUUGGCGACCAACUGGACUCCAGCCGAGGGAUUCCAACAGAUCCCUGCCCAGGCUACCGUUUUUUCAAGCCCGAGAGUUUGUCGUGGAUCGAGCGGUGGGAGGAGCUUGGCGUCACGGACCGGCAAAAGUUGGAGGAAGGCAAGCUGUGCACUGGAUCCUGUCAAGGUGCAGUAGCAGCAGCCGGCCGCGGCAAGGCCAUCAAGGAAGAGGAGGGCGGCCAGAAGGGCUUUGUGGCCAGCUUGGAGCGCUACCAGCUCUUCCCCGACAGCUCCCGGGCCGGGCUCUUCCUGGCACCCAACAGCGCCCAGCUGCGGAACCAGCCCCGGGUCAAGAAGGAGGAGGCCGCCUCCUGUGAGCCCAGCCUGUGUGGCCCCGGGCGCCCCUCCCAGGGCCUGGGCUCGGGCCCCUUCGCCUGCGUGGUGUGCGGCAAGUGCUUCCGGCAGAAGCAGGGCCUCAUCACGCAUGGGCGCAUCCACACGGGCGAGAAGCCCUACCCGUGCCUGGAGUGCGGGAAGCGCUUCCGCCAGCGCCCCAACCUGCUGACCCACCAGCGCGUGCACACGGGCGAGCGGCCCUUCCCCUGCUUGCGCUGCGGGAAGCGCUUCAGCCAGAAGGCCAACCUGGCGGCUCACCAGCGCACCCACGCGGUGCAGGAGGGGCUCAUCGCCCCGGAACCCAAGGUGUCCGUCCCGCGGGGCAGCCGCCAGACGGAGAAGCCCUUCCCUUGCAACGUCUGCGGGAAGAGCUUCAGCCAGCGGCCCAACCUCAUCACCCACCAGCGCAUCCACACAGGGGAGAAGCCCUUCGCCUGCACCGAGUGCGGGAAGCGCUUCAACCAGCGGGCCAACCUCAUCACCCACCGCCGCAUCCACUCGGGCGAGCGGCCCUUCCCCUGCGCCACCUGCGGCCGGCGCUUCAGCCAGAAGGGCAACCUCGCCGCCCACCAGCGCACCCACUCCCAGCAGCGGCCCCACGCCUGCUCCUGCUGCCCCAAGCGCUUCAAGGGCGAGUCCGCCCUGCGGGCCCACCAGAGAACCCACCGGCAGGUCUUGGGGACCGACCCCCUGACAGGGGCCCUCUUGGCCGUCCCCAGCCUUCAGCAGCAGCAGCAACAACAACAGCAACAACAGCAGCAGCAACAACAACAACAACAACAGCAACAAGCUGCCUUGGCCGGCGAUGCCUCCACCGCAGCACAGCGGGCAACGCCAGCCCCCCGCCCCGAUCUCCCCAGCGACCCCACUCCGGGCCUCCACCGGGCCCCUCACGGAGGGCAGAGUCUCUCCACUGACCCUCCCCAACCUGGCGGCCCCCACAACGCCGGCCCAGCGGGGCUCCUCCAGGGGGUGUCGGCCCCCGGUCCCGACCAGGGCCCCAAGCUCAGCGCCUCCCUGGCCGUGAUGGAUCCCCACGUGGAGAUGCUCCACUGCCAGCGCCGGCUGAGCCUGCCUGCGCUGCCCACCUCCAGCGCCCAUUCCGUGGUGCCCAUGGGGCAGCCCCAGCCCAUCACUUCCAAGCCCAAGGGGAUCGCCGGCCCCCGGCUCGCCACGGUGGACGGGCCGCCCAGCGAGAUGCUCCACUGCCUCUGCCACGCCAGCCGAGCCUCCCUGGUCAUUCCUCACCCGCCGCACCUGGGGCAGCUCCAGGCGGGCAGCAGGGACGCCCCCGGCCGGGCUUGGCUGGGCAUCCCCUGCCCGGCCCGCACCCUCCCGCUCCCGCAGGGGGGCCAGGGCCACCCGGUGGCCCCCAACCCCAGACUGUGCUCCAUCCCGGACUCCCUGCGGUAGCUCCCCAACGAGAGGACAGGCACCGUGCAAGCGCAGGCUGUGGGGCCGCCCACCCUUCCCAACCUUCCUGGCAUCCCAGGGGGCUCGGCCGUGGGGCUCAUGCAUGUACCGUGGACAGGGAAGCCCUCUGCCUCCAUACGCCCCGCUUGGGACACAUACCUGUGAGCCCCCUCGGUAAUUCCUCUUCUUCUAACAUUGGACUCGAGCGGCCAACGGGCAACAGCCAAGGAGCCCGCCGUGGAGCAGCCGCCGCCGCCCCACAGAAGCUUGCACAGGUUGAAUAUAUUGUGCCAAGUAUAUUUCUCCUCAUCCCAGCUCCGCCUCAUCUCUCCUGCCCCUUCCCUAAGAACCCACAGAACCCUUUCACUCCAUUGUGUGGCCAGAUCCCCUUUUCAUCCUGCAAGGAAGCCCAGGACUCGGGGGCCACUUCAGCCUCCCCACUUUGAAAGCUUGUCCCUUCAAGGCCCCCUUCGUUUCCUUGAGAGGAAAGACAACAUUGGGACCCCCCCUGGCCUUUCAGCGUGCCUGCCAUACUGUGAGCAACAUGGUAAACCAUGGCUGGACAUGUAUGUUAUGACGGUUGCAGGAGACUUGAUGUCAAAGUGGCACUCUCCGGCAACAGUCGGUCAGUACCCAAGCCACUUGAGGUUUGAAUGGACAGGAGCAACGGCCCCACGCAUCUUCCAUGUUGCAUGAGCAUUUGGGUCCUUGAAAGACCCUCUUCUGACAGACCCCUGGCUCCUUUUCCUCACGCGUCCAUGCAAAAAGUUGAUGGAAAUGGCACGCUAUGGAGGAAAAGUGCAGUUUGGGACCGAACCACAACUGCUCUUGUUUUGGAUGUGGAACUUUAGUUCUAGAGGAGAAGAAGGCGGGGAGAGGGACACAGAAAAUAGGGUGAACUACUGUCAAGGUAUCAACGGUGCAACCUCCCCCCACCCCCCAUAAAUCCCAUUGGAGCGCCAUUGGAGGCAAAGAAAGACUCCAGUGAGUGGGCAAGUGUUUUGAAGGCCUACCACAUUGAUUCUACCUUUGUAUCACUUUGGGAGGGGGUUUAAAGGAAAUGAGUCCCCCUUUCCAAAGAGAGGUGGGGACAGUGUUGGGGGAGAGCGCGCUUAUGCUUCAAAAGCAACGGUGUUCUUGGAGGAUUUGUUUGUGGGCAGGUGAGGAGUACAAGAAGCAAACCUUCCUCCAGGAGUCAAGGACAACCGAACCCCUCCCCGUUCCCGUUCUUAACCCGAGGUGACCAUCUAGCCAGCUCUGGGGCGAGGCAAAGCGAUGGGUCGUGCGGCACGGCAAUGCAAGGGCUUCCCUCCUGCGCCCCUUCCUCUCCGAGGCUUGAUUCUGGCAAGUGGCCUCAAAUAGUCUUGGAAGGUGAGGGAGAGAAGCAUUGACCAAAGAGGAGGAGGAGGAAGGGCAGGGGGGACUGGGAAGGCCGGACAGGUGGGUGUACAGAAUGGGGUGGGAGGGCAGGAGAGGGGCAGCAGAAGCACUUUACAGAAGAUUCCUUCCCUCGUUGUAAACAAUGAGCCCGCUGGCCCCUCUCCAGCCCUGCUGAUCCAAUGACCUGGCUGCCUUGCUUCCCCAGAGUCUCGUGACGGUCUCUGUGGCCCCGUUCCUUUCCUCUGAUGGAGCUGCACCUUUUGGAGUGGGGGGCUGCCCUCCUUGUUCUGAGAGGGCCCCUCCUCCGGUGCAAGGGGAGUCCGUGCCUUAAGGCCCAGUUCUUUGGGGAGUGGGGCAGGAGGGCCUCGCUUCCUGGGGAGGAAUUCAUGGUCAAGGGACAGUGGGAGAGUCAAGGGCUGCACACGCACAGCUUCGGUGGGUCUAGUUGGGGACAGGUCGAAAACCACCAGCGGGUUAUGGGCCCAGCACAUAUCCAGUUGUCUUUCUUAAGCCCAACACAAAUCCUGCUGAGAGAACCCUGGCCUGAGCUGGUCAUCCUGUACCAGAAGAGAGUCUCCAUCAGGUUAUGGGUCCAGCACAUUUCCAAUUGUCUUUCUUAAGCCCAACAUAGAUCCUGUUGGGAGAACCACAGGAGAAGGGCAUGAUGUUCUCCUGUAUGAAGAUUCCCCUCAACAAAUUGGGGGUUUCCCUCUGUAAGAGAGGGGGUGUUGCCUGGGGACCUCCAUAUUCUAAAGUGCCAUGAAGGGGAAGCUGCCUACUGCCAGAGGAAAGGCCAGGAGACCCAUGUUGCCCUGAGUGAAGCCAUUGUGGGAAUGGUCAACGAAGUAGCAGAUCCGCAAGGGUGAGGAUCCCUCUGUCUGCUGGUGCAUCUCCUCUUCCUGUAGGACUGUGUUCAGGAACGUUAACGGGGAGACGGAAGG